AUGAGAGGAGCGAGCGGCAUGGAUGGGGCGCCCAAGGCGCUCUUGGCCAGGGCACUUUAUAACAACGACCCGGACUGCUCUGAUGAGCUGGCUUUCUGCAAAGGAGACAUCCUGACCAUUCUAGAACAACACGUGCCGGAGAGCGAGGGCUGGUGGAGGUGUUUGCUCCAUGGGAGGCAAGGCCUGGCCCCUGCCAACCGCCUCCAAAUCCUCUCGAAGACCCCGGCAGACAGUCCCUGUCCCCCUUUCCUGAGACCCCUGGAGGAAGCUCUCGCCAGCUCCAAAGAGGCCUACCAGGUGCCCACCCUGCUGAGCUCCCCUCCUCCAGGCCCCGUAUACGAGCCGAUGAAGAGCUGGGUGAUGGGGCCCCCGCCACACACAGUCCAAGUCUACGAAUUCCCUGACCCACCUGCCAGCGCCAGCGCCAGAAUCGUCUGUGAAAAGAUGCCAAGCUUUCCGAAACAGGCCGUCGUCCCGAUUCCCAAACCGGCCCAGGCCCCGUUGCUCGCUCUGUACGAUGUGCCCGCCCAGAGCCGCGGCCCCUCUGCCUUGAAGGAGCCGGGGAAGCAGCAGUUAUAUGACAUCCCCGCCAGCCCCAGAAAGGCAGAACGCGGUCCCCCGGCCGGCCAACCCAGCAGGCAGAGUGCUCCCGUGACAGCAACAGUUCCCUUAAGGAGAGCCUGCUACAAAACACUGCCCAACCCCCAGAAAUCAGAGUGGAUUUAUGACACUCCAGUGUCUCCAGCAAAAGCUGAUGUGAGAAAGGUCUGUGUUACCAGCUUUGUGGAAGAAUCGGAGUCCCAUGCCCUCCCCAGAUCCAUGUCCAGUUUCCACAGUCCUCCGAGCAGCAGAGCGCGGUCCCUCGCUCCACUCCUGCGUGGAAAUGUGCCCGUGCGGAACCCCGGCCUUCCAGGAGUCCCCGCCUGCCCCGGUCCAGCGCCGGGGGACGCCUGCCCUUCCGAUGGCGGUGUCAGCUACAAGGUCCCUUCGAGCUUUCUGGUCCCCCGAGUGGAGCAGCAGAACACCAAGCCCAACAUCUAUGACGUCCCUAUCGCUGUGUCCAGUGCCCCUCGGGCUGGAAAAGAGCCGGGGGACGCCGACGGGGCUUCAGAGGAGACCUCGGACCCUCACUGUGCAUGGCUCUCCAGACAGGCCACGUGGCCCGCCCCUGAGCCCGACGGAUUGUCCGUGAACAGCUCUGACAGCAGGGCCAGCGUCACAUCUUCCUGCUCCUCCACGUCCACCGACUCCUCGUGCAGCUCCUCCUCCGAGGAGUCGGCGAAGGAGCUCUCCUUGGACGUGGCCUUGGCCAAGGGGACGGCGACGGCUCUCCAGCAGAAGGUGGCCAGCUCGGUCGCCGGCCUGAUGCUCUUCGUAAGCAGGAAGUGGAGGCUCAGAGACUCUCUGGAGGCCAACAUCGUCGCAAUCCGCAGGGCCGCCGACCUCAUCGAAGAGUCCCUGAGAGAGUUUCUGGAUUUCGCCCGCGGAGUCUGCGGGGCCGCCUGUAACCUCCCCAGCAGUGGCCUUCAGGACAGAAUUAGGGAUCAGCUGCAGACGAUCUCGAACUCCUACCACAUCCUGCUGGAAACCAAGGAGAGCCUGGAGGGCUGCAACUGGUCCCUGGACGUCCUUGUGACAGACAAAGCCCAGAGCAGCCUGGAUGACCUGGAGAGGUUUGUCAUGGUGGCGCGGAUGGUUCCGGAAGACAUCAAGAGGUUUACCUCCAUCGUCAUUGCCAAUGGGAGGCUCCUCUUCAAGGAGAACUGUGAGAAGGAAGAGACCCCGUCGUGGGCUCCCAAGGCAGAAUUCAAGCUUGCAGAAGGCACCCAGCUUCCCCGGAGGGAAAUGGAGUCCCACCAGCGGAGUGCAGCUUGUCCGCAGCAGAGGGAGCGUGGGUCCUGCCCCGGGCUGCUUGGGAAAAGCGGGGCCAGUGUCUGUGAAAAGAAGUUGCCUAACCUGGAAGAGAAAGUAAAACCCAUCCUAGAACAAAGAUUGGAUGAAAACAAACACUUAGAAACACAGGACCCCAGCUCCCCUGUGCCCCCGCCUCCGGGUCAGCAGGACCCCGGGAAGAAGGCCCACCUCUCGGAGCACUGCCGGCUCUAUUUCGGGGCGCUUUUCAAGGCCAUGGGCGUCUUUCACGGCAGCCUCCGCCACGGCCAGCCCCCCGAGAUCCUCGUGGCGCAGAGCAAGCUGGUCAUCACGAUCGGGCAGAAGCUGGUGGACACGCUGUGCCGGGAGACGCAGGACAGGGACGCGCGCAACGAGAUCCUCCGGGGCAGCAGCCACCUGUGCAGCCUGCUCAAGGACCUGGCGCUGGCCACCAAGCGCGCCGUGCUCCCGCGCCCCGGCCCCGCCGCGCUGGCGCUCCUCCGGGCCGCGGCCGAGACGCUGGAGCAGCACGCGCAGCAAUUCAGGGGGUCGUUGGACUGAGC